AAUAGAUAUGACGGGGGAGAGAGGGACUGGUAAUCCGAUGAAGAAUACUCGAAUUUCGAUAAGAUUUGUAUUGUCUGAAAAUUCGAGAUUCAUAAAGUGGAAGUGGGGUGGAGGCCAAGGGACACGCUGGCUCGCUCUACUCGUCCAUCGCAUCUGCUGCUCCGAAUCGCUGUUCACCAAUAAAGAAUUUGUUGAUGACUGGAGUGGAGGUUAAAAAUACCAAACUUGCAAUCUGGGAUGGUUUUAUUUACACCUUUAUCUUUACAAAGAUGGGAUUUUGGACACGCCGAGGCCGAAUGGAGGGCUAGGAUGUGAGAGCCUCGAAUGAUGCUUUUCUCUGCAGGGGGUCUCAGAUUUUGAAAGGUAAAGGAAGAAAAAGAAAAAAGCCAAGUUGGACUCGUCAAAGCCAAUCAUUUUGAAAGGGCUUGAAAUCCAGAACUGGAAUGGAAACACAUUGCUUUGGGGAGAGGGGAUUCUUGAAUCUCGUAAUCUGUUUCUGUCUGCCUGUCUGUCUUUGGAAAAAGCAGAGAUUUAGAUUGGAUCGGCCUGGUUCUUCUGGAAAACCGAUCAUGGCCCCACUUUUCCUCUGCAUAUAUAACCGAGCAGAGCUGAUCAUCUUCUGCUGGGCCUUCCAUUUCUUUUAUCUUCCUUCGUUUCUUCUGCUGGAAUUCCAAUUUCCAGUCAUGGAGACAGUUGAAUUCAAAGUAGACAUGGUCGGAAUCCACGAGAAAAGGCUUAGAAAAUGCCUGUCCAAGUUGAGAGGGGUGGAGAAGGUGGAGGUGGACGGGAACAGCCAGAAGGUGGCGGUGACCAGCUACGUUCACCGGAACAAGAUACUGAAAGCGAUUAGGAGGGGCGGCCUGAAGGCGGAUUUCUGGUCGGCGCAGAACGAGCUCCUUAAUGCCUACGCCACCGCCACCGCCACCGCCACUUACGGCGGCUUCUUCAGAUUCAACGCCUUCUUUUAGAAUCCUUCGCGCCGGAGACGUCUUUUUCUUUAUUUUGCCUUUUUUUGGGGAGGGUGUGUAUGGUAUAGCUAUAGUGAGGCUCUCUGUUUGCAUCUUCGUAAUUAUUUUAUUUGUUCUUUAAUAGCAAUGCCCACGGAAAUAGGGUGUAGGACCAUAUUAUAUAAAAUGAAAUCG